UUUAACAGGAAGUGACAACUUCCGCCCUCUACAUCAACAACUGCUUUUAAGACAACCGUACAGAGAGUGACUAAACAUGUUACCAGCCCAAGAUGGGGCAUCUACACAAGGGGAAAAUCUACUGCUCCCCCCUAAAGAGCCCUACACAGAAAGUGCAGGAUCCAGUCAGAGACGAUCGAGGCAGUUGUCCCCUGCCCGGAAAAUGGGAAUGACCAGAAAACAAAAGAGCAAAAAGGUUUUCGAAGACACCGAGAACCCAGAGGAAAGCAAGAGGAAACAUAAAGAGAAAGAGCUGAAGCCACUGUACAAAGAGCUUCUGUACACAAUCACACAUCGGUUAGGAAAAACCCACACAAAAGAGCAAUACAGCGACAAGGAUUUAAAGGAUUACAUUAAAGAGGCGUUCUCAAUGACAGAUGAAGAGCAUGAUACCUUGAGUGAGAAAGUCCAAAGUUCAUUGGCCCCAGCCUACUGUCUAAUGGUUAACGUGAAGCAAGCCACAGGGAUUCUGGGAAAAGAUAUAAGUGGAUUUAGUGAUCCGUACUGUCGGCUGCAGAUUGUAAAUGAAACUAAGGAGUCUCAUGGGGGUGCUUCUUCUCAAAAACCCCAGAAGUCCGUCGUGCGGGACUCAGCUAAGGAGAAGGUGUACCAGACGGCGGUAAAGAUUCAGACUCUUAAACCCAUCUGGGAGGAAACCUUCCAACUGGUGUUUGGCAACUUGUCAACUGGCAUUUUUCAGAUGGAUAUGUUCGACAAAGACGAGGAGGUUUCACUAGUGCAAAAACUGGAUGAGAUUCGCGCAAAUAUUCAUGGAUUUAAAAGGAUGAUAAAAGAAGCAAAGAAAGAAAAGGGCCAGGACGAUUUUUUGGGAAAUAUUGUUCUAAAUUUGAAGGACCUGUAUUGCACAGAAGACACAUGGUAUAACCUAGAGCCGCGAACAGUCACAUACCCUAACAGAGGACAAUGUCAUCUUCAACUUAAGUUUAUUCAUAAGGAGAGAGAUGAGACCCUGAGUGCUGGGCGAAGUCCUUAUGUUAACUAUUGCGGCAUCCUACAGCAGUUUGUUCAAGCUUAUAUCUCCAAGCAACAGGACAGUAACCCGUGGAAAGGAGAGCUGUGUGGUCAGGGAACUGCGUUACUUGAGUACUAUGCCACCCAAAAUGACAUUUCACCCUUUCUUCAAGAUCUGGCGAAAUGGGUGGCUUACAGUAAACUUUACCAGUGCCUGGAGGUGGACUCGACUGUACUUUUCAAGCAACUAACCAGUAUAGAAUAUCACUGGGACCAGCAGGAGCUCCCCUACCUGCAGAAACAGGAGUUAGGUGAUUCCCUGCAUGGGUUUCUCCAAUAUGGGCUCUGCUUAGUGUCCAAAUACAGAGACAUCUUUGCUCCGACCCCCAAAACAACACCACGGCUACAAACAUUGCUUAGACUUCUUGUGCAGAUUUGUAAGACUCGAGCUUUUCAGAACCUCAAUCCCGCUCACUUUGACUUACAAGUUGAGGUCACGGAUGCUGUUGCUACUGGUACUGUAGAGUGGUUCAACAUCAAAAAAGGUUUACACCAACCCAUGACCAAGGAUCUGUUAGAGACCAUCAGUGCUCUCUCUCGGUUGAUUGGAGAAGUGCAAGAAGACAUUCGGCUCAGUAAAGAUGUCUGGAACAAGGUCUUUGUAAGUGCUGUGAACUUGGAUGUUUUCACUGUGGUUUACCAAAAGCUGGAUUCGCUGUUGGCAGAUGAGUUACGAACGACUCUCUCUCAGCUUGAGAAUCAAAUGGACCAGUCGCUGGCAAACAGCUUGUAUUCGGUUUAUCUGACUUUAAAAUCUAUCCUCGAAGAGAAAGCCUACCUACAAAAAAGAGGGAAGUCACUGCAUCUCACAGGUUUCCAUGAGGAUUUUAGAGAUGCUCUUCCAUACUGGUUAAACAAAGCCUUUAGCACCACAAUGGAGAGAGUUGAAAAGGCUGUACAGGUGGAUUCGUUGCUUCCACUUCAGACCGGAUCGGUACCCAUCAAGCACAGCUCUUCUGCCGUGGACAUCGCAGCAUGCCUGCAUCCCAUUGUACACCUGUGGGAACAGUUAAGCUGGCCUGACCCAGAAGAGGCCUUCAUGCUCAUGGUCAAACUCACUGAGGAUGUUUGUAAGAUCGCUUCCACAUACUGUCAGAUGCUGAAAGCACGUGUGAAGGAGCUCUCUGUGGAUUCAGAUCAUGGCAGUGCUAUAAACAUGCUCUGUGUUGUGGUGAACGAUCUGGAGCAUCUGCACACCAUUUUGACCCGUCUGCCGCAGCAGCUGAACUGGGAGGGACUUCGUAAAACUACGCAACACGUGAUUGGAGAAACUCAGUUCAACAACACGCUUCGGUCGCAGCUGCAACACACGCAGUCCGCCCUCAAUCGAGAGAUCCGCUCUGCGGUCGACACGCUCGGGAAGAAGCUAAAGAGAGACAUUGAGACACAUGUUCGCAACAUGGCUUCACGUCAAAGACUGCCAUCCAGAACUACAGAGGAAGCUGUGGUUCCUUUAAUGAAAUAUCUGGAGACAGAACUCAAGUACAUGCAUGAGAAUUUGGUUCAAGAGAAUUUCAACAGUCUUCUUAUGCCACUGUGGGUGAACUCUGUUAAGAUUCUGCUUCAGAUAUCACAGCAAGAAGACAGCAAUCUGGUUUACUUCCAGAGGUUAAUGUACACACUGCAGUGUUUGGAGCAGUGUUUUCACGCUGAAGGGAAUGGACUUCCUCUAGAGACACUACAUACUGAUGAAUAUAAGACACUGCGGACACAUCUAACGCAAAACUCUAUGACCUGCAAUCAGCUGAUAGAGAAAUUCUUUGAAAGACAAGUCUGGGAGCAGAAAGUUUUUACCGGAGAAAAAUACGGAGCCGUCACUCUCAUCACAGCCUACAGACGCUCCGAGCAGAAACUGCAAGUUGAGGUUCUCAAUGCUGUUAACCUUAUUCCUCUCGACUCCAAUGGUUCCAGUGAUCCUUUCGUUCAGCUGUCUCUAGAACCAAAGCACGUGUUCCCCGAGGUAGAGACGCGUUCAACCAAGAUCAAGGAUUGUGAUCUCAACCCAUUGUUUGAAGAGUCCUUCGAAUUUCUCAUUUCAUUAGAACAGUGUCAGUCUCCAGGAGCUUGUCUGAUGGUGACCGUGCUGGACCAUGACACUUUGAGAAGUGAUGAUUUUGAAGGAGAAGCGUUCCUCUCUCUUAAGGCGGUGCCAGGAGUUGGGGGCGGAGACAAUAAUCCUAAACCCGCACAGAUACGCCUGCCUCUGAUGCAUCCCAAACCCAACAGUGAAAACAUCUUGAAGUUACUUCAGGCCAGGAAAGGCGAGCGAGAGGCUCAGGCCUUUGUCAAACUGCGCAGACAGAGAGAAAAGAAGUCUCAAGAAACCUAAGAAGACCAUUAUUUUAAGAAGAUGAAAUUCAAAUCUGCCUAAAAGGGAGCAACAUGCUGAUGUAUUUUAUCUAAAAAUUAAAUGUUUUAAAAAUCAUAAUGAACUUGACUUUGUGUCAAAGAGAAAACAAAUAUAUAAUAUAUAUGUAUGUAUAAUAUAUAAUGACAAAAGAGUGACAGUAAGGGUUGGUAAAGAAUGAAAUUAAAUGUGUUGACUAUUUUAAAUUAUACAAGCACGGAAAUUUUAGCUUUUUAUAUUUUACUUUGUUAUAUUGUUAUUGUAGAGUGACAGUAUUUUAAAUGCUUCUUAUUAAAACCACAACCAUUCAUCCAAAAAUAUACAUUUAUUGUCCUUUAUAAAAUCCAAAACACUGUGUAUGAACAAAUCCGAGCAGGUCACAUCUGAAAUCACAGAACGUCAUCAGCUGACACUCCCAUAUAACUUGACCUUCAAACUGAAUUCAAUCCAAAUGAAUCUGAACGCAUUGGAGUCGCCCGUCUUCAGAAAGCUUUAGCUUAUCGUCGCUCUUGUGUGUUUGGUGAUCAGUGCACGUGAAUUCACCUCUCUGCUAUUAACACCUGGGCACACGAAUGUCUCGAAAUGAUGGAAAAGCUGCAGUUGGGAAAUGUGCUGUUGGUUUAGUUAACAGGUAAAAUGACUUGUUGCUUUAAAUAAAAUGUGCACAUUAUAAGAAUUACUUUUAAAAAAAAGUAUCUAAUCUGAAAACAAAAACCUGAGAAUAAAAAGAUGAGAAACCAGA